AUGCGACCCUCCGACGCCUUCGGGUUCCGACGCCCCACUGAUAACGACAUGACGCCCAUGCCGCUCCAGACCGCCCCGUCGUCCGCUGCCGCACAGCAGAUGACUUACUUUCUCGCCGACGAGGCCACCGUCGACGCGUCUCUCGAGCAGUCCUUGCCCAGCCUGCACCGCCCCCGCGAUCCCAGGAAGCACCAGCCCGCCGAGAGGCUCGACACCAGCAUCAUCUCCUCGGCCCCGGCGAGCCCGGCUCCAAGUCCGAGAGCGACGCCGGUGGGGAUGACGAGCCUGGAGAGCAGCUUCGUCGAUGCGGGGAGGAGCAUGGCGAUAGAAACGCCGGAGCUGCGGCCGGUGACCCCGCCUUCGCGGGCCCCGCUGUCCCAGCCCAUGACGCCCAUCAUGCUGGGCACGCCGGGCGGGCAGUCCUCGGCCGCGCUGAGCAGCACCUCCUCGCGGAGGAACUCGCUGACGGGGUCGUGUGCGCUGUCUGAGGACCUGGGGGAGAGCGCCGCCGUUACUGCGGCGGGCAUGAGCACGAGCGGCGAGGAGGGCUCGGGCACGCAGACCCUGUCCGGACAAGCCUCUUCGGGUAUGAUGGACAGCGGAAGUGCCCCGCAGCUCAUCAUGCCGAGCAUCAAGAUGCCGAGUCGAAGACCGUUUACAGAAGAGGGGAAGAGGAUAGGUAGACUGAAGGUGCUCAUUGCUGGCGCAUCAGGCAUCGGCAAAACGUCGCUGAUCAAAGCCAUCGUGCAAUCCUGCGAGCACAUUGCGAUGGAGACCAUUGCACCAGUAAUCGAGUAUAUUGAAACGCAACUCGAGAAGCUUUCCAGCAACUCGCUCAGUGAUUCUGAGACACUGAACCUAGUCGGCGGGGACGGAGGCUCUCAAGUCGACGCUGUGUUUUACAUGAUUUCUGCUAAACUUACCUCUGCGGACAUCGAAUAUUUAAGACGGCUUGCGCCUCUGACCAACAUUAUACCAGUGCUAGCUCUGGCAGAUACGAUGGACUCCACGCAGUUGGCAGACAGCAAGGAAAUUGUUACCUGUCAACUACAGGAGGCCAGCAUCCGGCCUUUUACGUUUGCAUACCCACUCAACCCGACGGUGAGGGCCGUGAACGCCACCUGCCCAUACGCCAUCUCCAGCGCCCUGGGACCGGAUCACGACACAAUGGACGCGAGCCUACUUAUGAGUCCCGAGUAUAUCCAGCCGCUUAUACCCACGGACCUUUCUGCACUCGUCGAGCAAGUGUUUUCACAAGAAGGAGUCUCUUGGCUGAGGCAUUCGGCCGCGAGAAAGUAUGUGCUGUGGAAGGGAUCGUCAGAGAACACAUCGCGCCCACAAGCACUCUAUCGGCCACUGAGUUAUCCGACUCCAGCUAUGGGUGCACCUGAUCAAAGAAUCCGCACCCAUCCUGUAGGCCCGACCUCGUCCUUUGCCAUGGCUAGGGUUGCGGAUCACACUCAGCGCGAAGAGCGUCUGGCACAAAUACGGCUGGCAAAUUGGGCAUCGGAGCUGCAGCGUAGUCUCGCCAACGAAAGAGCCCGAUAUGAGGCACUCGCCAACAGCGAGAGGGCCGUGUGGCUUACGGAGCGCUUGAACGAAUGCGUCCAAGAUGGGACCUUGGUACCGGUUGGUCGCGGGAGGCGGAAUUCGGCAAGAGCACGAGAGUCAGGGUUCGCGAGACGGUUUGGAGACAACGGUAGUGGGAGCAGGACGGCAAGCAAGGGCUUGAAGUAUCAGGAUCCUCUGGGCCUGCUUGACGUUACGGCAGACAUCAAGGCGAAAGGUUGGGCUGCGCUCGAACUCAUCGGUGGAUUGGGAGUGCUCGGUGGACUUGCCCUGUGGAUGUCACGACAUUAUUGUCACUCCCAGGUCUAUCAGUGGCUUAUGGAGGAAUGGGGACGGAUCUGGUACGGCGACUGA